AUGGCUACUCCUAGAAGAAAGGAUGAUCACAGAGCAAGAGUAAGAAAUGGGUAUAGUAAAAAAUGGGGUUUUAGGGGCUAUUAUAUAGUAAAGAAGGCUAAGGAUUUUGCAGAGAGAUCUUGGGAAAAGCGAAAACGGGGCUGCUGCUGUGCUUGUCCUACGCAACGGCCAUUGCUGUCAUUUACUACUAAUAUUUCAAUUGGGCUUUUGCUUGCUCACAAGGAGCGUGCUACAUCAGUUAACUGCUUUAAAAUGGAAGACGAGGAAGAAUCUAAGGUUGUGUUGAAGCUAUUGGUGGAUGAAAAGAAGGAUCAAGUUGUUGCAGCUGAAGCCAAAGUAGAUUUUAUGGACAUAUUCGUUAGCCUUCUUACUUUACCAUUGGGAACAAUAAUACGACUCAUUAAAGCAGAGGCUGGAGUUGUUGGUUGUAUGAACAACUUGUACCAAAGUGUUGAAAACCUCGCUGUGGAAGAUCUGUUCAUAGAGCAUUGCAAAACCAUGCUGCUAAAUCCAAGAAAUCCCUAUCCAAAGUAUUGUAUGAGGUUGAAAGUGAACAUAGAUGAUUCAGGCUCCGAGAAGUAUUAUGGGUGUUCAGGUUGGACUACACGAAAGUAUUGCUCAAAGCGAAGCUAUUUCAUGAAUGUUGAGUGCCCAUGUAAUGGGAAAUUUGAUAAAGAGACUAUUUUAAGUGAGUCUUGUCGUGAUAAGUACGUAUUUCUCAUAGGAGGGAUAUCAUAUCUUAUCAGUGAUGACUUGCAAUUCAAGCGUGCUUCUCCAAGCACUCUUUUCCAGAUGCUUUCUAAUGUUGGCCUGAGUGAUAUGAAUCAGAUUAAGGAGAUGAAUGUAGAAGUUGGCAGGAACGAGGUGAUUCGUCUACUUGCUCGUUCAUUUAUCUCAAAGACUCCCUUGUCUGAUGUGUUUCUGCCCAAGCAAAAACAAAAAAGGGCACAAGUAGACACUAUAAUAAUGUCCGAGUCUGGAAAUUUGUCGUCUAUUUCUGAAAAUGGAACGAGUAAUAACACCAAGAAGUUGGAGCUGAAGCUAACAGUAAGAAAGUCUACAAACAAGGUCUUGUGUGCAGAAGCAGGCAAUGAUUUUAUUGAUUUUCUCUUCAACUUCUUGACGAUUCCUAUAGGAUCAAUUGAAGAUGUUCUAAAAGGGAGUUCUGGCUUGAGAUGUAUCGAUAACUUCUAUAAAAGCGUGGAGGCUUUAGAUUUGAAAUGGUUCAAUAAGCGUCCAAAGCAGAAUAGUUACCAGAGUGAGGAUAAAUUCAAGGACAACCUUAAGACAAUAUUACUCAAGCCCAAUGUUGCCACACAUUAUAAUUCUGAGUAUCAGCUGCUACAGAUUUCUGAAGGAGAAUCAGAAUUUUACGAUUUGUAUGAUCCAAGGCAACAUAUAAGGGGUAGUCAUGUUCCCAAAUUUCAUAAGUUUGCAAAGGAACCCUCCGCUUUCUACGUUAUGGACAAUUUGGAAGUAAGACCUUUGUCUUCUACAUCAACUAUUUGCUUACUUCAAGAACUAAAUGUGCCCAUGAAUGAUAUUGAAGAGCAAAUGAUCAGUGUUGGCGAAUCAGAAGCAUUGAACUUGCUGAAGGCCUCUUUGACAUCAUCAUCAUCAGCUUUGACAGAGGGCUUAAAUCACCAGUUGAAGAUGCAGAUAGACAAAAAUGUGAAGUGUAACGCGAAGAAACUUUGUUAG